AUGACAGGACCCAGCAGUGCUAGCCUAUUCCAGACAAAGAGAGUUCUGGGAUUAUACAAAAAGCUGCUCAAGAUCGGCAAGGCCAUGCCAACCGAGACCCGUUCAGCCCUGGUCCUCUCCCGGGUCAAGGCAGACUUUCGUGCGAACAAGGCAGAAAAGGACCCACAGGAGAUCGAAAACAUGAUCCAGCUUGCAGAAGUCCAAGUCGACAACCUUGAGAUUCAGAGAGACCAUCUCACAGAACUGGCCAAGAACCCGAAUCUAAUCAUCCCAGUGGAUAUUUACAAGGACGCCAAACCCAGGACUUCGAGGUUUAUGAAGGGACCACCCCUCAGUUGGGAAAGGAAGGCUGCGCAGGAGGCCAAGAACAGGACCAGACAGCAACAACAGCAACCGACAGAAAAACCUCGACAUGGCUCUCCAGGACAUAGCUGUAAUAACCACAAGCAUUGA